UUUACUCAGGACAGCCAUUGUGGACUGAGAGGAUGAAAUUGGUCGUCUUGAUGGAAAACUCAGAAGUAAAAGUUUCAAGAGAGUUCGACUUGACCUGAAGUGGCCAUCUCAGAGUGAAAAGGACUGCCAGGUCUGAGCUGUAACCAUGGGAACGAGGAUGGAGGUGGCACAGCUUGAGAGCAGAAUGAACACUGAGGACUACAGAAAGCUACAGGGCCUUUUCCUGGACCACUCUGGUGCACCUUGCUCCCUGUCCAGAGCUGAAUUCAUCCAUCAGGCUUGGUCAUCAGUCGGCCGUGGCUCCAAGGAGGAUUACGGCCUCCUGUUUGACAGCGUGGUGAUCACUCAGGAGCAUCGUGGCCUCCUUCUGGAUAUUGAUAUAGUGAAGGAAGAAGGCCGUGUCGACUGGGCUGGCCUCUGCUCCUUCCUGCUCCUGGAGCUUUCUGAAAAAGUGAAGAACAGUAGAACCAGCAGUGUGCCUUGCUGGACGCCACCACGCACUCUGACCUGUCCACAUCGAGACCCUGUUCAAAAGGUGUUGCACCUGCAGAGUUCAGGUCAGUAUCUGACCGUGAGUAAAGGAGGAACUGCUGGGCUGUGGGACGGAGAGGACAUGUCCCUUGUGCACACACAUCGACUUCAGAACAGCACAGUUGCAUCCAAAGACCUCUGGGUCACUGACAUGGUGUUUCUGCACAACUUAAACAAGAUCGCUGUAUCUUUCACAAGUAAGGAGGUGUGUUUUUAUGACAUACUGUCCAAACAGGACUUCAGCUGCAAAUAUAAACUCCAGGGUUUCAAGUUCACCCCCUGGUGUCUAGACUACUGGAUGGAUCCCUCUCAGCUUGACCAGGCUGUCCUCACCAUAGGAGACAUUGGAGGGCAGGUCAGUUGUGUAUACUUUACAUCAGCUCAGAUCUCUCUGUUUGAGAGACUUGGUCUGAGGACAGACUCUGAUUCUGCUGACAUCAUCCUGUGGGACGAGCUGGUCAAAGGAAAGCAUCACACCUGUUACACAGUGACACACCAAUCACACACGCCUGCCUGGGUGAGGAAAGUUAGCUACCUGGGCAGCCUGGAAGCUUUUGUGUCGUGCAGCACCAGACCGCAGAGCAGCAUGGUGAUCUGCUGGAGGGAAAAGGAAAGCAGGAGUCUACGAACCACUACUUUCUCUACCAAGAGGGGUGUGUGGGACAUGGACCACCACAGAGGACUCAAUCUGAUAGCCACUGCAGGAGUGGAUCAUCUGGUCUUGCUGUGGAACCCCUCUGUGACCUCAGAGCCAGUUUGUGCACUCAGUGGGCACACAUGCUCCGUCACUGCAGUCCGCUUUAUGCAGACCAAGCAACAACUGCUCAGUUACUCCAAAGAUGAGGUCCUGUGUCUAUGGGAUGUUUCAAGUCAGCUGUGCGUUCACCGUCUGGCUGGUGUUUUUCCUAAGACUCAAGAGGACACGAACACCUUCAUGUUCCUCCAUGAGGAGCAACAACUCCUCCUGCUCUCAUUCAACAGCCAGCUCUUCCUGCUGGAGACUGUGAAAGAGGAGAGGAGGACCAGCAGCCAUGAACACCCUGUUACCUGUGUGCUGUAUAAUAGUCUGUUCAGACAGGUAGUCAGCAGUGACUCUGCCUCCUCUGUGAUAUGCUGGCUGGCUGACACAGGCCAAAAGGUGAAGCAGUUCAACCAUUGCCAUGGCAACUCGGAGAUCUCCACCAUGGCCCUGGAUGGCACACAGACGCGGCUGUUUACUGCAGGCACUGACGGGGAGGUCAAAGUGUGGGACUUUAAUGGGCGAUGCCUCCACAGAAUGAAUGCAGGUCUGGGUCGGGCUGUGAGGAUCUCUCAGAUCCUGCUGCUGAAGAGGAGUAUACUGGUGAUGGGCUGGGAAAGGAUGUUAACAGUUUUCCGUCUGCAUUCCUUCUCGCAGUCUUUUGUUGAACCAUCAGAGUGGAAAGGAGGCGUUCAGCAUCGCAGUAGUGUUCUCUGUGCCGCAUUCCAGCCUCCACAUGCUCUGGUCACAGGAAGUUACGAUGGAGAAGUCAUAGUGUGGAACAGCAGCACUGAAACAGCUUUGAGGAAACUUCAUCCUCACGAAGAAGAAUCUCAUCCUGGAGUGAACAACAAGGAAGACUCUGAUAACUUCAUUGCCAUCACUCAAUUGAUCUUUAUACCAGGUCGCACGUCUGCAGCAGCCACUACAGGUGGUGCCGACUUGGUGUCCUGCAGAGGUUCAGGUCUGGUUAGGCUUUGGAGCACCGCACACAGCUGUCUGGUGGGACAGUUCACCGCUCACAACAAAGAGCUGGGGUCAAUAGCGAUGACUGUUAGCCCCUGUGGAAAUUAUUAGUCACAGCUGACUCUGAGGGGACACUCAAGACUUGGAACUUACAGAAUUAUUGCCUUGUACCAAAUGACACAACAACCAAGGAACCACCAAAACUGCUGAGUAGUGUCCAACCGCAUCAUGAUCGUGUGACUCACCGUUGACAUCUGUAUGCAUGGAGAUAGACUCCUCCUUCUCUCGGCAUCAUCUGACUGCAAUGUGGCUCUUACCUACCUGCCUGGAGACACCAUUGGUCUGUUUGGACAGGAGGAGCACUGGUACAUGAGCGACCUCAACCUUUGCACCUUCAGUGUGCACGAGAGCAGGACAGGAGAGACCCUGAAGAAACAGAUCACACCAGACAUGAAGGGAAGAGGUCAUCUCCUGCUUCCAGUGAGACUCAACCUGACCCAGGAUCCAACACCUCUGCAGAAGGAGUUUGUCUAUGGGGCUAAACACUCAUCAUGUAAAUCAGUGAGCUAUUAGGCGCU